AUGAGUUCCAACACUCUCCUCACUUACCUCCAAAAUCAAAUCACCCAAUUGACACUCAACAUAGAACAUAUACAGAAAGACAUUUCUCUACUUCACACCCAAUUUGAACAGAAAAUAUUCACAGCCAAAAGAGAAUUAAAUAGUAGAGAUGACUCAAACCAAAUUUCUAUUGAACAAAUCAAAUAAUAAUUUGAUUACACAAUCAAAGCCUUAGAAUUGAAGAUGUUGCAAAUUGAUGAAAACAAAAUGGAUCAAAAUGAAGCUUAUUAAAUGAUGGAAUCCAACAGAAAAACCAUACAAGAAGAUGUAGAUCUACUCAAAAAUGAAAUGGCCUAUUAAAAAAAGUAUUUUGACGAUCUCCUCAAUGAAAAAAUACGCCGUUUAGAAAUCUCCACUCUGACUGAAUAAGUACACUAAUUCAAAGAUCAGCUCAAACAAUACUAUUAAGAGGAAUAGAGAUAACUAAAUGAACAUCAAACACUUACCAAGUCUCUCCUUAAUGCAAAUAAAAAAGCAUUCUUUCAAGAAUUAGAAAGAAUAGUUCAAUAAGUGGACUCUAUGAAAAUAGAAAUUCACGAUUAACAAUAAUUAUUUAUUAAAAAACCUGAACUAGAAACUAAAAUCAAUUAGAUUAAUUUACAAUUAGAAUUAAAGUCAGAUUUGAUUGAAGUGUAGAAUGCUCUAAAUACAUAAUAAAUCGAUAUUGCCUAAAGAUUUUAAGAAUUUAAAGAUGAAGUCCGUACCGUUUUGGAAUUACAAGGAAAUGAAUUUUAUCAAUUAAUCAAUAAGAAAGCAAAUCACUCCGAAAUCAUCUCCCUCUUAUAAAAUAAAAUAGAUAUGGAAGCACUUCUAAUGCAUACAGAAGACAAAGUUCCUCUCAAAGAUUUUCAUUAACAUAUGUCAUUGAUAGAAAAUAUAGCAGUUGAUCUAGGAAAGAAACAAGAUGCAACUACAUUUGUAGAAUACAAAGAUGCCAAUAAUUUGUAAAUUGCAGAAAUGUAAAAGGAUCUCCAAAAAAAAUUAUCUAAAAGAGACUUCAAAGAUGUCCUUGACAAAAAAGCAAAUCAUGAGGAUGUGUCUAAAGCCUUCAACGAAAUUCAAUAAAUUUUAUCAUCUAAAUUUAGUUAUGAAGAGUUUAAUAGAUUCUAAUUAAAUCAAAACACUCUUAAUGAAUAAUUAUGUAGCCAAAAUAUAAUAGGAAGAUGGCUAUUUAAAGGGAACUUUCUAAGUCCAGGAAGUCUAAUCCCUUGGAAUAUAUAGGCAAUUAACACCCUGACUGAAAAUUUCUUAUGGGAUAAAGAUAAACCGAAUAUAAUUGUGGUGGCUCCUGGUAUCUAUGAAAUAACACUCGGAUUCUUUGCUAAAAAAAAACCUAAAAUUGAUAUUAUGGUUAAUGGAGAAACUAUAAUAAAUGCUGUAAACAAUAGUAGUUAUGUAGUUCAUCAUUCAUCUGGGAAAUUAAAAGAUACUAAGACUUCAGUUACCGGCCUAACAAUGAUUGAUUUUAUCUCUUUACCUUCUCGAGCAAGAAUCAAUAUUGCUUACCAAGGAGAUUUAGGAGAAGGCUUUUUAAGUUUACGCAAAGUAUGA